AACACGACGACGGACAUGUUUCUUUGUUGUGAUACUGGCGAAAAGACGAACAAGUCAUGAAAUGUAAUUGAAUUAGCGUUUACGUAUUGGACCGUCUGAGCAUGUGCAGUACACAAAGGAUGCUGACGGCCACGCGCCGCGCGUGCACGCCUUCGCGAUCGCUGCAGGGAGAGACGAGAGGCCCACGGAUCCCGAGCGGCGCGCGACGGCGGACCAUCGCAGAGCACCGACGGUCAGUGAUGCUGGCGCUCUCCAGGCGCAUGUUCCGGUGAUUGUAAGAGGGAGAGGACGGCAGCGGAGUCAUGAGCGGCACCUGGGGCACCGAACUGUGGGAUCAGUUCGACCAUCUUGAGAAACACACCAGUGCAGGAAUUGACUUCUUGGAGAGGUACAGCAAGUUUGUCCGUGAGCGAGCUGAGAUUGAGCUGAACUACGCCAAACAGCUCAGGAACCUUGCCAAGAAGUUUCAUCCCAAAAAAUCUCGGGAAGAUGAAAGCAGGUACACCUGGUGUCUGGCGUUCGUCGCGACACUCCAGCAGCUGAAUCUGGUGGCGGGGCAGAAGGAAGAACUGGCAGAAGACCUGAACCAGCAUGUGGUGUCAGAGUUGACCAAAUACAUCCAGGACCUAAAGGCAGAGAGAAAGACUCACUUCCAUGAUGGCCGCCGGGCGCAGCAGCACGUGGAGAGUUCUUGGAAGCAGCUCGAGACGAGUAAGCGACGCUUUGAGCGCAACUGCAAGGAGGCAGAGCGAGCCCAGCACGUCUCAGACCGGAUGGAACUGGACCACAAGACGGAUGGAGACAAGGCUCGCCACAACAGUCAGCAAAAACAACAAGCCGCCGAAGAAGCCAAAAAAGAAUAUAUGUUAAGUUUGAACCAGUUCAACCAGGACCAGCACCAGCACUACCACACGCUGGUACCAGUCAUCUAUCAGCGGAUUCAAGACAUGGAGGAGCGUCGCAUUCAGCGAGUGGGAGACGCCAUGCGUGCCACGGCCGACGCAGAGCGGAAGACUCUUCCGGGGCUGAGUUGUUGUCUUGAGGCCAUGAUGGAUGCAGCUGAGAGUGUCCAGCCCAGCAAGGACACGCUGCAUGUCGUGGAGGUUUUUAAAUCUGGGUUCGACCCUCCGGGUGAUGUCCAGUUUGAAGACUACAGCGCCUCCAUGAGACGCAGCAUUUCCGAGUCCAGUUACUUGGACAAUCGGAUGGAAGGAUUCAGCAGACGCAGGCUCUGGCCUUUCAUCCGCAAAACCAAGCUCCUAACUCUCCUCUCCUCCCCCCGCCAGCCUCCCCCUCCCCCACCCACCUCUCCUUCCCCGGGUGGCGACAGUCCCCUGUCACCCACUCUGCCCUCUCGAGAACCCAUCACACAGCGCUUCAACGACCUCAUGUCCUCCGGAUCCAAAACCCGAAAGCAGUGUCUCCGCAGCCUGAAGCGAGGGCUGUCGCUCAAACUGGGUGCAGGUCCUUCAGACUGCAGCCACCUCCCUCCAGACCAGCGAUGGAAGAAGUUGGAGAACCGAGUCAAUCACAUCAAGCAGGAGAUGCAGCGAGAGAGAGAACAGAGAGAUGCGCUGCUGAAGAUGAAGGAGGUUUAUGAAAGGAGUCCGCAGAUGGGAGAUGCCCGCAGCCUGGACCCUCGUCUGGAGGAGGUGAACAUCACCAUCCAGAAGCUGGAGGAAGAGCUGCACAAGAACCAGUUGUGGCUGGCAGAGACGGACAAGCAGCUCACCAUGCUGAGGCGGCAGAGCGGAGGGUGUGUUUCUGCGACGCCUGGUGGCAGCAACAGCAGCUGCAGUUUGAAACACCUCAACAGUCCGGCCAGCAGAGAAAGUCCAGACGGCAGCUACACUGAACCGCCUUCAGCUGAAAUGCAUUUCAAAUGUUCGGAUUUCGACGAGGAGUUUGAUGAAGAUGACGUUUUACCACCAAUUGGGAGCUGCAGGUCGCUGUAUGCUUUUCAAGGACAGAAUGAAGGAACACUGUCCAUGGUGGAGGGAGAACUGCUGUCUGUGGUAGAGGAGGACAAAGGAGAUGGUUGGACUCGAGUGCGCAGGAACCUGGAGGAGGAAGGUUACGUUCCCACCUCCUAUAUCAAGGUCUUUCUGGAGCCAAGUGCUAAAGGAUUUGUUCAGACCAGUCGACUCGUCUAGACCUGUCCCAGUUCCUCAGCCUCGGACAGGAAGUUGACCUCACCCUCAUCCGCCGUGUCCAUAGGGACCAUCAUUUCUUUCCGUCUCAGCCUCCCUGAGCUGGGACUGUUUGGACUCGGACCAGGAUUCCGGCGAGUCCGUCGCAGGGGGAUGAGCUGAGUUGUGGUUGCCAUGGAGACCACUACUGAUGUAACUGGUGCAGACCACAUUUAUCACAACCAGUGAUCUAAAGAACCUCAUUGAAAUAAAAGAUUGUUCCAUCAUGUUUGAGGAGCUGUUGUUCAUCAGAUGAAUAUGAUCAGUCAAUGUGUAUUUUGCCUGCAGUUCUUCUGCUUCCAGUUCAACAUUCAUAUGCUUGAAGCUUAAACCUCCAGACUGCCGGCCGAUAACUGCUGAGCUUUGAAUUCAGCUGCCAAUUCAUUGAGAUCCGCUGUAAGUGGAGACAUUCCCUCUGCUCUCAAAAUUUCCUCUUGAGACGGCCAUCUUGAAAUGAAUGUUUCCUCUCUUUCUCUCGCUCUUUCUGUGUAAAUAUAUAUCU